CCCACUGUAGGCAGGGCAGACGUGCUCUCCUGACCCUCUGCAGAGUAAACACCUCCCUCUCGUCUGUGGAGUUUACAUUGUGCUUUUCUGGCAGAGCUGCUCUGUCUUCCUGAGGCUUAGAAUUUCUGGCUGCGUGUGAGCUGAGAGAGGAGCUUGACACAAUGGAUCUCAGCUCCAUAAAGACUGAAAAUGGCAAAGUCUCCUGUGAGACUCCAGAGGGAACUGUGGUAAACGUUACUAUUAACCAGCGUUCUGCCUUGGAUUGUUUGUUGGAUACCUUCCGUUUCUUCCGGGACAUGAAGAGAAGUGGGCAAAAGACCAAGCCCUCCCGUAUGUCUGGUUCUGCAGCCCACUUAGGGUUUGGGGUUGCCUAUCUUUCCUUGGGUUUGGUGUCUGUCAUGUUGGCCAUUAUUUUCAGCAUUACACAGCCGGGCUUGAGCAUCUUCUAUUCAGGGGUCCACUUCUGGGUAGGCUUUCCGUUCCUUGUGUCUGGACUACUGAAUCUUGUGGCUUACAGGUUCCCAAACAUAUGGUGGAGGACACUUGCCUUCAUUUCCCUUUUAGUCAACUUUGGUGUGUCUAUUGGGGGAAUGGUAGUUACAGUUGAUGAUACUCAUCGUUUCUACUGGAUGGAACCUGAUGAACAAGCCUGUUAUAAUCUUGUUAAUGGACGUGGAUAUUACAGAGCAACAAGCGGCUACAAUGAUUAUGAGCUGCAGAGAUGCUUAGAUGGAAUCCGAAAAUACAAGUUUCUAAUAAAAUGCUUGACAUAUAUGACAUUGGUGAUAAUGAUCUGGGGUCUCUGCAUGGCACUCCUAAGCGUGGGCAUGAGAGUGAAGUCAUUUUGCUGUUCUUGCAAAUUAGAGAAAACUGAUGAGAACGAUGAUGCUCUGAUAAAACCAAAUCCUUCUGAUGAUAUCAUCAUUGCCUAAAGAGUGGUAAAAUCCACUGAUCUAAGGGAUAGUUGUAAAAUCAUAUAAUGUAAGGGGAAAGCUGUUGGAUUA